UGAGUGGGUGUGUGUGUGUGCGAUAAACAUCGGCAUGAGACAACCUGUAAUCAUAUCAUUGCUCUCUAAACGGGCAAUCACAAACCAAAAAACAAAAAAAAGAAAUUGAGAAAACAAAAUUAAAAUAAAAAUUAUUCCACCCACAAAAUUAUCACUCUCUCUCUCUUUCUCUCUCUCUCUCUCUCUUUAUCUUUAGGUAACGCCAAACUGAACAAAAGAACUGCAACACAAGCUCUCUCUCUGUCAUAAAAACAAAAGCAAAACAGAAAUAGAAGAAGCAAGGGAAUGUUCAUCUUCUUCUUCUUCUUCUUCUUCUCUUUCUUUUGCUCAAUUCACUAAUUAACUCUUUGUAUAAUUCUGUCUGUCUGUCUCUCUCUCUCUCUCUCUGUGUUAGUGUACUUUAUUAUUAUCAUUAUUAUUAUUACGCAGAGAGAAUGGGAGGAGUGACUUCUUCUAUGGCAGCUAAGUUUGCAUUUUUCCCACCAAAUCCUCCGUCUUACAAGCUAGUUACUGAUGAUGCCACUGGCCUUUUGCUUCUUGACCAUUUCCCUCACCGUGAAAACGUAGACGUUUUGCGUUUGCCUACCAGGAAAGGAACUGAGAUCGUUGCUGUUUAUGUUAGAUACCCUAUGGCUACUUCUACUUUGCUUUAUUCUCAUGGAAAUGCUGCUGAUAUUGGCCAGAUGUAUGAGCUUUUCAUCGAAUUGAGUAUCCACUUGCGUGUUAAUCUCAUGGGGUACGACUACUCUGGCUAUGGACAGUCAUCAGGAAAGCCUAGUGAGCACCAUACUUAUGCUGAUAUUGAAGCUGCUUAUAAGUGUCUUGAAGAGAGCUAUGGUACCAAGCAGGAGAAUGUCAUCCUUUAUGGCCAAUCUGUUGGCAGUGGUCCUACUUUGGAUCUUGCUGCUCGGUUACCACGUCUAAGAGCUGUAGUCCUACAUAGUCCUAUACUAUCAGGACUAAGAGUCAUGUAUCCUGUGAAGCGCACAUACUGGUUUGAUAUCUAUAAGAACAUAGACAAGAUUCCAUUGGUGAAGUGUCCUGUGCUAGUAAUUCAUGGAACUUCUGAUGAAGUAGUUGACUGUUCUCACGGCAAGCAGCUUUGGGAACUGUGCCAGGAGAAAUAUGAGCCAUUGUGGGUCAAAGGAGGGAAUCACUGUGACUUAGAGCUGUAUCCAGAGUAUCUUAGGCAUCUGAAGAAGUUUAUUUCAACAGUUGAGAAGUCACCUUCACGAAGAAAUAUUUCUAGGAGAAGUACAGAUGGGAUCGAACAGCCUAGAAGGAGCACCGACUGUUUUGAGGCUCCAAGGAAGAGUACGGAUCGAAGGGAGAAACCGAGAAAAAGCACCGAUAGACCAGAAAAAAUGAAGUUUCAUGAAUAUAAGUUUACGAAUAUUGACAAGCUAGAGAAGUUAAGGAUUUCGUUUGACCAAAUGGAGAGGUCACGGAGAAGCGUGGAAUACCAUGAUAAAUCAAGAAGAAGCAUCGACCUACAGCUAGAAAAAGCGAGAAAGAGUGUGGACUGGCUGGACAGGAUCCGUGCUGGAUGAGAAUGCUGUGUAAAAUUUGGGCACUAGAUUGGUUUUAGGGGGAGGGAACAGGAAAGUGGGGGGAAAAAGAAACAGAGGGAAAUUAUUUUGGUAUUUAACUUGUGAUCUCAGAGUGUGUGUGCCUUGCUCAUUGAAGUUGCAUAAUAACACUAUGUAAUGGGAUUGUAGAGUUUGAUAUAUACUGGGUGGGAUUCAUUAUUCUUGAUUUUAUUGUUACUGGGAUAAUUCUAACCACUUUACUCCUCUUUCUUCAAAGGAAAUGAAGCUCACACAUCAUAAAUUAGUUCA